CCCAGUGAGCACUGAGCUCUACCUCUGAGAUGUUGGGAGCACCUCAAGAUCCCAAUGUCUCUCGCACCCACUGAAACCAACUUCUAACCAGGGUGAAACUUCCUACAAACAUCAGGGACGGAGUAUCAAAGCAAGACGGCUCGGACCAAAAAAGCCUGUUUACCUUUGAUCUUUAUCUUGGGAUUUGGAACGAACCGGAGCAUCCAGUGACCUGACGAGCCCACCGUCAUAAGGAAAUUUAAAGCUUUUUCGGCCAAGAUGGACUCCAAGCAAAAUGGCCACCAAGAGGUCCAUGGACCUGUGGCUGGCAUAUUCCUGGAGAAAACAAAGGAGAAGAUAACCAUAUAUCAGGCCAUGAAGAAACGUCUGCUCAAGCCAGGAACCGCGUUAGCCCUGCUCGAAGCACAAGCGGCUACAGUGGGCAUUGUAGACCCAAUAAACAAUCGGAUACUUCCUGUUGCAGAUGCUGUUAAGGAGGGAACAGUUGGACCGGAGAUGAAAGAGAAACUCCUCAUGGCAGAAAAAGCUAUCAGUGGCUAUGUAGACCCCUACACCAGUGAAAUUAUAUCUGUGUUCCAAGCUAUGCAAAAAGAUUUAGUCCCAAGAGAUUAUGGCUUGAGGCUCCUGGAGGCACAGGUCGCCACAAAAGGCCUGUUUGAUCCUGUUGAGAAGAAGAACAUCACAGUUGAAUUGGCAAUUCAAAAGGGCUACUAUGAAAAAGAUUUGCUCAAAAACAAGAUGUCAGAGCUCAAAGUGUUCUACAAUCCAAACCUGCAAGAUAACGUUAACUACCGAAACCUGCUGGAGAAAUGCACCAUCGAGCCCGACACUGGCCUGCUGCUCCUUCCUGUCUGCAUCACCUUCAGAGGCCUGCGAAGAGGCAUUUCCUCCACUGAACUCCUUGAAUCAAAGAUCAUUGACAAAGAAACAUUUGAUGACCUAAAGAAAGGAAAGACCACAACACAGGAUGUGAUGUUGAUGGAAACUGUGAAAGAAUUCCUACAGGGCAAAGGCAGCAUUGCAGGCAUAGCCAUAUUCUCAUCCAACCAGAGAAUGAGCAUUUAUCAAGCCAUGAAAAAAGGCGUAUUGAUGCCUGGAACAGCACUGGUUCUACUGGAAGCCCAAGCAGCGACUGGAUUCAUGAUUGAUCCUGUUGAAAACAAAAAGCUCACUGUGGAUGAGGCCAUCAAAAGUAAACUUGUUGGCCCAGAAUAUCACGCAAAGCUGCGUUCCGCUGAACGAGCAGUAACUGGAUACAAAGACCCAUACUCAGGUGAAACUAUAUCCCUGUUUCAAGCCGUGUCCAAAGACCUCGUUGUCAAGGAACACGGGAUACGCUUACUUGAGGCGCAAAUCGCCACAGGUGGAAUAAUAGACCCCAUCAACAGUCACAGACUGCCAACAGAAGUGGCCUUCAAGAGAGGCUAUUUUGAUGAGGAAAUGAAUGCCCUACUAGAGGAUUCUGGGGAUGACACAAAAGGGUUUUUCGACCCAAACACUGAAGAUAAUCUAACUUACCUUCAACUGAUGGAAAGGUGUGUCAUUGACCCAAUCACUGGACUGUGUCUGCUCCCUCUCCUUGAAGAGUCAGACAAGCUGAAUUUCAACUUCAUUGACUACCAAACUAAAAUGGCCUUUAAAAACAAGAGUGUGAAUGUGACAUGUGGGAAGUACAUGGGGAUGACGGUGUCUCUGUGGGAACUCCUGAUGUCAGACUACUUCAAUGAACAGCAGAGGCGAGACAUCUUUCAAAAGUACAGAGAGGGGAAGCUCAACAUUAAGACGAUCAUCACCACAGUUCUGGAAGUCAUUGAAAAGUCUGUGAAAACAACCAAUGUCAUCUUCAAAGGCAUUAGAGAAACUGUCACAGCGACACAGCUUGAGGAAGCAGAUAUCAUCAGCAAAGACACCCUGGAGGAUCUGAAAAAGGGAAAAGUGUCAGUGAAGGAAGUGAUAGAAGAUGAACAUGUGAAAGUGUUCCUGAAGGGGAAAGACAGCAUCGCAGGCGUUCUGCUUCCUGAUUCUCGAAUCAUGACCAUCUACCAAGCCAGACAAAAGGGAAAGCUGAUGCCAGGAACUGCUCUGAUUCUACUGGAGGCACAGGCAGCAACAGGGUUCAUAAUUGACCCCAUUGGAAACAGGAAGUUUUCAGUGGAUGAUGCUGUCAAAGCAAAGAUAGUGGGGCCUGAUAUCUGUCAAAAGCUGCGCUCAGCAGAGAAAGCAGUCACUGGGUACAGAAAUCCAUACGAUGGCAAAAUAAUCUCUUUGUUCCAAGCCAUGCAAAAUGAUCUCAUCCUAAAAGACCAUGGAAUUAGACUCCUGGAGGCACAAAUUGCCACUGGAGGGAUCAUUGACCCAGUGAACAGUGUCCGCAUCCCUGUCCAUGUGGCCUAUGAUAGGGGAUACUUUAAUGAGGAAAUGAAUGAGAUCCUAAGUGAUCCAAGUGAUGACACCAAAGGCUUCUUUGAUCCCAACACCCUUGAGAACCUGACAUACUUGCAGCUCGUGGCCAGAUGUGUCAAAGAUCCCAGUACAGGCCUGGUUCUCUUGCCACUCAAAGGCAAGAGUAACAAAAUUAACAUAGAUGAUAAUAUGCGGGAAAUAUUCAAAACAACAACAGUCACUGUAAAGUAUGGCAGGUUCAAAGGCAAGUACACAACACUGUGGGAACUUAUCAAUUCGGAGUAUGUGACUGAGGACAAAAGACAGGAGUUUUUCAAGCUCUUCAAGUCAAGGAAAAUCACGAUUGAGCAACUCAUUGUCACCAUUUUGGAGAUUAUUGAGAGUAAGGAGAUCAAACGGCAAGCAGGGCUGAACUUCGAAAGUCUCAGAGGAGAGGUCUCAGUUGUGGAUCUUUUGGAGCUUGAAAUUCUGGAUGAAAUAACAUACAACAAUUUGCUCGAGGGAGCGGUAACCAGCACUGAUGUGAUGGAAAUGGACAGUGUGAGGGACUACCUACAAGGGAAAAGUUGUGUGGCUGGGGUGAUACUACAACCCUCCAAUCAGAAGAUGAGCAUCUAUGAAGCACAAAGAGUUGGGAUUCUCACACCUGGCACUGCCCUUUGCCUUCUUGAAGCACAAGCAGCCACAGGGUUUAUUGUUGAUCCCCUGAAAAACAAAAAACUGACAGUGAAAGAAGCUCUCAGAGAGAAGGUCAUUGGUCCACAGAUGCAUGAAAAGCUUCUGUCUGCAGAAAGGGCUGUCACUGGUUACAAAGAUCCAUACACUGGUCACAAGAUCUCACUUUUCCAAGCCUUGCAAAAGGAUCUAAUUGUCAAGGCACAUGGCAUCCGUUUACUUGAGGCCCAGAUCGCCACAGGGGGCAUCAUUGAUCCUUUGAAGUGUCUUCACUUACCCCUUGAGGUUGCAUACAGGAAAGGAUAUUUUGAUGAAGAACUUAAUCAGAUCCUAUCAGACCCAACUGAUGACACAAAGGGCUUUUUUGACCCAAAGACACGAGAAAAUCUGACAUACAUGCAGAUGUUGGAGAGAUGUGUGAAAGAUAAAGAAACAGGAUUGUUUCUCCUGCCACUGGACGACAAACCAAAAGCUACGGAAGCAAAGGCAAAACUGUACACCAACGCAGAAAUAAAGCAAGAGUUUGAAAAGACAGCUGUGAACGUAUCGGUUGGACACUUCUCAGGAACAUCUGUUUCUCUAUGGGACUUGAUCCACUCCCGUUACUUCACUGAGGAUCAGCAACUUGAAUUUUUGGAGAAAUAUAGAACAAGGAAGAUAACCACAGAAACCAUCAUCACAAUAGUGACUACCACCAUUGAAAAACUGGAGCAUGACACUCCCAAAAUGAUAAUGGGCCUGAGAAAAACCGUCUCUGCACAACAACUACUGGAUUCUGAUAUCAUCGAUGCAGAUACUUUCAAACAGGUGAGAGAAGGAAAACUCACUCUUGAAGCAGUGAUCCAACGGGAAACUGUGAGAGGAUACUUUAAGGGCACAGGAAGCAUUGCUGGAAUUAAGGUGUAUCCAUCUCAGAAAGUAAAGAGCAUAUAUGAAGCAAGAACGGAAGAUCUGUUGACACCUGGUUUUGCACUCGUACUGCUUGAAGCACAGGCUGCAACAGGAUGGGUCAUUGAUCCUCUCAAAAACAAGUUCUAUUGUGUUGACGAGGCGGCAAAAGAGAACGUUAUCGGACUAGAUAUACAUGAGGAACUUCUCUCAGCUGAAAGGGCAGUCACUGGCUACAAAGAUCCAUACACAGAUACAACAAUAUCGCUGUUUGAAGCAAUGGAUGAAGAGCUGAUCAAGAGAAGUCAUGGCAUCCGUCUCCUUGAUGCACAGAUGGCAACUGGAGGAAUCAUUGACCCAAAUCAAAGUCACAGGAUACCGGUUCAUGUUGCUGUUAAAAAGGGAUAUCUGGAUGAAGAAAUGAGCAAACUUUUGUUGAACCCCACUGAUGACACAAAGGGCUACUUUGACCCAAACACCAAAGAAAACCUCUCUUACCUUCAGCUGAUAAAGCGAUGUGAGAAGGAUCCUGAAACUGGGCUACUUCUUCUACCCCUGCAUCAAGAGGAAUCCCAUAAAUUCCACACAGAUGAGCAAAUAGAGCUUGCAUUCAAAAACAAAACUGUCACCAUUGAUGCAGGAAAAUUCAAAGACAAAGAGGUGACAUUGUGGGAUGUGCUGCUCUCUGAAUACAUAUCAGAGAAAAAAAGGGAGCAGCUCAUACAACAAUACAAGACCAGAACCAUGAAAAUAGAGGAGAUCAUUGAAAUACUCACUGUUAUCGUGACUGAGGUAUCCUCCAAAGAAAGAAAAUUCAAAGGCCUAAGAAAGCAGGUCUCAGCCAGUGAGCUGUAUGAGUCAAAGAUCAUCUCAAAGGAGCUUUUCACACAGAUUAUACAAGGGGAAGUAACUGAAGAGAAAAUCAGCAAAAUGGAAUCCAUUCAGAAGUACCUUGGAGCUACAAACUGCAUAGCAGGGGUGAGAGUUGAAGCUACAAAGAAGGUUAUGAGCAUCUACCAAGCCAAAUCCAAAGGGCUACUGACCCCUGGUACUUCUCUGAUUCUUCUGGAGGCCCAGGCUGCCACUGGGUUUGUCAUCGACCCAGUGAACAACAAGAAACUUUCCGUAGAAGAUGCUGUGGCUCAAGGAGUGGUUGGAAGUGAGUGGAAGAGAAAACUGCUUUCAGCAGAACGAGCAGUUACGGGAUACAAAGAUCCCUACACGGGAGACACAAUUUCUUUGUUCCAAGCCUUGCAAAAAGAUCUUAUUGUCAAAGAUCAUGGAAUUCGUCUCCUUGAAGCGCAAAUUGCCACUGGAGGCGUUAUUGACCCAGUCCACAGCCAUCGAGUGCCGGUACAGGUGGCAUACCAAAGAGGUUACUUUGAUAAAGAAAUGAAUGAGAUUCUGUCUGACGCUGAUGAUGACACCAAGGGCUUCUUUGACCCAAACACUCAAGAUAACCUUACCUACCUCCAGCUGAUUGAGAGGUGUGUAACAGACCCAAUAACAGGCCUUAUCUUACUGCCCAUUGUAAAGAAAGGAGAGUUUUAUUUCUUUGUUGAUGAGGCAACAAAACUCAUUCUGAAAUCAACAACAACAACCAAAGCAGGAGGAAAAUACCAAGGAACAAAUGUGUCUCUGUGGGAGCUCCUCUACUCCAAGUACAUCACUGAGGAGACAAGGAGGGAGCUUGUGCAGCAGUUCAAGUCUGGAUCAAUUACUAUUGAAUGCUUCUUGGAGAUGAUCUUGACAAGCAUUGAUCAGCAGACCGAAACAACCGAAUCGUCAUCACUCGUAAUGUGCCAACCACCAGAAAGAAAAGUGGACAGCAACACAACAACAACAACCACCACAACCACAACUACAAUCACAGAGACAACCGAAGUUGAAAACUUCCACGGAAUAAGAAAGGAUGUCACUGCUACGGAGUUGCUUGAAUCAAAAAUUAUCGAUGAAGACCUCUUUGAAGAUCUAACUGCUGGAAAUCUCACAGUGACAGAAGUAAGUGAAAUGGAAUCAGUACGCAAGUACCUUGAGGGAACCAACAGCAUUGCAGGCGUGUAUUUGCAGUCCACCAAAGAGACCCUCAGCAUCUACAAAGCCAAAGCCAAAAACCUGCUGACUCCUGGUACUUCUCUGGUCCUCCUGGAGGCACAGGCUGCCACCGGCUUUGUUAUUGACCCGGUGAACAACAAGAAACUUUCUGUGGAGGAAGCUGUGGCUGAAGGUCUGGUCGGCAGUGAGUGGAGAAGUAAACUGCUUGCAGCAGAAAGGGCUGUUACAGGAUACAAAGAUCCCUACACUGGAAACAUAAUUUCUUUGUUCCAAGCCUUGCAAAAAGAUCUUAUCGUCAAAGAUCAUGGAAUUCGUCUCCUUGAAGCACAAAUUGCCACCGGAGGCAUAAUUGACCCAGUCCACAGCCACAGAGUGCCAGUACAGGUGGCAUACACAAGAGGUUACUUUGAUGAAGAAAUGAACAAGAUUCUGUCUGACGCUGAUGACGACACCAAGGGCUUCUUUGAUCCCAACACACAGGAGAACCUCACAUAUCUUCAGCUGGUUGAGAGGUGUAUCACAGAUCCCAUCACAGGCCUUAGCUUACUGGUGAUUACAAAGAAAGGAGAGUUUUAUUUCUUUGUUGAUGAGGCAACAAAACUCCUUCUGAAAUCUAAAACAACAACCAGAGCGGGAGGAAGAUACCACGAAACAACAGUGUCUCUGUGGGAGUUGCUCUACUCCAAGUACAUCACUGAGGAGAAGAGGAGGGAGCUUGUGCAGCAGUUCAAGUCUGGAUCAAUCACAAUUGAUCGCUUCUUGGAAAUCAUCCUGACAAUCAUUCAGCAGAAGACCAUGACUACCUCGUCAAUAUCGUCAUCAUCAUCACUCGUCAUGUGUCAACCACCAGAGAGAAAAGUGGACAGCAGCACAUCAAAAACUUCCAUUACCACUACAGUCACAGAGACAACCGAAGUUGAAAACUUCCACGGAAUAAGAAAGGAUGUCACUGCUACGGAGUUGCUUGAAUCAAAAAUUAUCGAUGAAGACCUCUUCGAAGAUCUAACUGCUGGAAAUCUCACAGUGACAGAAGUAAGUGAAAUGGAAUCAGUACGCAAGUACCUUGAGGGAACCAACAGCAUUGCAGGCGUGUACUUGCAGUCCACCAAAGAGACCCUCAGCAUCUACAAAGCCAAAGCCAAAAACCUGCUGACUCCUGGUACUUCUCUGGUCCUCCUGGAGGCCCAGGCUGCCACCGGCUUUGUUAUUGACCCGGUGAACAACAAGAAACUUUCUGUGGAGGAAGCUGUGGCUGAAGGUCUGGUCGGCAGUGAGUGGAGAAGUAAACUGCUUGCAGCAGAAAGGGCUGUUACAGGAUACAAAGAUCCCUACACUGGAAACAUGAUUUCUUUGUUCCAAGCCUUGCAAAAAGAUCUUAUCGUCAAAGAUCAUGGAAUUCGUCUCCUUGAAGCACAAAUUGCCACCGGAGGCAUAAUUGACCCAGUCCACAGCCACAGAGUGCCAGUACAGGUGGCAUACACAAGAGGUUACUUUGAUGAAGAAAUGAACAAGAUUCUGUCUGACGCUGAUGACGACACCAAGGGCUUCUUUGAUCCCAACACACAGGAGAACCUCACAUAUCUUCAGCUGGUUGAGAGGUGUAUCACAGAUCCCAUCACAGGCCUUAGCUUACUGGUGAUUACAAAGAAAGGAGAGUUUUAUUUCUUUGUUGAUGAGGCAACAAAACUCCUUCUGAAAUCUAAAACAACAACCAGAGCCGGAGGAAGAUACCACGAAACAACAGUGUCUCUGUGGGAGUUGCUCUACUCCAAGUACAUCACUGAGGAGAAGAGGAGGGAGCUUGUGCAGCAGUUCAAGUCUGGAUCAAUCACAAUUGAUCGCUUCUUGGAAAUCAUCCUGACAAUCAUUCAGCAGAAGACCAUGACUACCUCGUCAAUAUCGUCAUCAUCAUCACUCGUCAUGUGUCAACCACCAGAGAGAAAAGUGGACAGCAGCACAUCAAAAACUUCCAUUACCACUACAGUCACAGAGACAACCGAAGUUGAAAACUUCCACGGAAUAAGAAAGGAUGUCACUGCUACGGAGUUGCUUGAAUCAAAAAUUAUCGAUGAAGACCUCUUCGAAGAUCUAACUGCUGGAAAUCUCACAGUGACAGAAGUAAGUGAAAUGGAAUCAGUACGCAAAUACCUUGAGGGAACCAACAGCAUUGCAGGCGUGUACUUGCAGUCCACCAAAGAGACCCUCAGCAUCUACAAAGCCAAAGCCAAAAACCUGCUGACUCCUGGUACUUCUCUGGUCCUCCUGGAGGCCCAGGCUGCCACCGGCUUUGUUAUUGACCCGGUGAACAACAAGAAACUUUCUGUGGAGGAAGCUGUGGCUGAAGGUCUGGUCGGCAGUGAGUGGAGAAGUAAACUGCUUGCAGCAGAAAGGGCUGUUACAGGAUACAAAGAUCCCUACACUGGAAACAUGAUUUCUUUGUUCCAAGCCUUGCAAAAAGAUCUUAUCGUCAAAGAUCAUGGAAUUCGUCUCCUUGAAGCACAAAUUGCCACCGGAGGCAUAAUUGACCCAGUCCACAGCCACAGAGUGCCAGUACAGGUGGCAUACACAAGAGGUUACUUUGAUGAAGAAAUGAACAAGAUUCUGUCUGACGCUGAUGAUGACACCAAGGGCUUCUUUGAUCCCAACACACAGGAGAACCUCACAUAUCUUCAGCUGGUUGAGAGGUGUAUCACAGAUCCCAUCACAGGCCUUAGCUUACUGGUGAUUACAAAGAAAGGAGAGUUUUAUUUCUUUGUUGAUGAGGCAACAAAACUCCUUCUGAAAUCUAAAACAACAACCAGAGCGGGAGGAAGAUACCACGGAACAACAGUGUCUCUGUGGGAGUUGCUCUACUCCAAGUACAUCACUGAGGAGAAGAGGAGGGAGCUUGUGCAGCAGUUCAAGUCUGGAUCAAUCACAAUUGAUCGCUUCUUGGAAAUCAUCCUGACAAUCAUUCAGCAGAAGACCAUGACUACCUCGUCAGUAUCGUCAUCAUCAUCACUCGUCAUGUGUCAACCACCAGAGAGAAAAGUGGACAGCAGCACAACAUCAACCACAACUACCACCACCACAACUACAACCACAGAGACAAACUUCCAUGGCAUCAGAAAGGAUGUCACUGCUACUGAAAUGAUUGAAUCAAAAAUUAUCACUGAGGACCUCUACAAAGAUCUUAUAUCUGGAAAAGUCACAGUGACAGAAGUAAGUGAAAUGGAAUCAGUACGCAAGUACCUUGAGGGAACCAACAGCAUUGCAGGCGUGUACUUGGAGUCCACCAAAGAAACCCUCAGUAUCUAUGAAGCCAAAAGGAAAAACCUGCUGACUCCUGGUACUUCUCUGGUUCUCCUGGAGGCCCAGGCUGCCACCGGCUUUGUUAUCGACCCAGUGAACAACAAAAAACUUUCUGUGGCGGAAGCUGUGGCUGAAGGUCUGGUCGGCAGUGAGUGGAAAAGUAAACUGCUUGCAGCAGAAAGGGCUGUUACAGGAUACAAAGAUCCCUACACUGGAAACAUGAUUUCUUUGUUCCAAGUCUUGCAAAAAGAUCUUAUCGUCAAAGAUCAUGGAAUUCGUCUCCUUGAAGCACAAAUUGCCACCGGAGGCAUAAUUGACCCAAUCCACAGCCACAGAGUGCCAGUAGAGGUGGCAUACACAAGAGGUUACUUUGAUGAAGAAAUGAACAAGAUUCUGUCUGAUGCUGAUGACGACACCAAGGGCUUCUUUGAUCCAAACACAAAAGAGAACCUCACAUAUCUUCAGCUGGUUGAAAGGUGCAUCACAGAUCCCAAAACAGGCCUCAGUUUACUCCCCUUGCACAAGUGAACGAAAGAAAAGCUUCCUACAAGCAUUUACUCGUGUUUUGCUUGCAUUAUCAUGUUUUCCUACUGUUUACUAAAAAUUAGUGAGCACUAUUUCUGUCCUCACCAUAAAAAAAGUUUUCAUGUUUUUUUUAAAGAAACCUGAAAGGAAAAUACAUGUUUACUGUACUGUGCUUAAUACUGGUGGACAAUAGAGCUAGAAAUGGAUUACAGAAAAAGGGCUUUGGUUACAAUUUUUUUUAUCACCAUGUGGAAUGUAGACCUGGUAUUUUAUGAGUGAACACUGAAGAAAUGGAGUAUAUACAUGUAGUCUGUCUUUUUGCUUUCAGUCUCUUUACUUAAUCGUUUGCUGACGUAUAUGGCAGUUACUGCAGUAUAAAACAUUUUGGAUUUGUGAUUCUUACGGUUUCAUGUUAUUUGUGGAACCAGUGGGUUUGAUUGUUUUCCGACAGAUGAAACUGGUUCAGCAGAGCACAAGUCUAUGUUGCCUAAAAAGACUGGACUUAAAUAUGUUUUAUAACAUUUAGACAAGCCUGGUAGCUGGUUAUGCACCUAUUGUUUUUUUGUAUUACUGUAAAACCAUUCUUGCUCAAAUUGUUUUCCCAAUAAACAAGCGAGAUAUAAAAAUUAAA